GUAGUUGCUGCUUGACAUGGACAAAUCUCCACGGCUGCUGUCAAAACAAAGAGAUCAACAUAGGAAAAAACGGGAUCGUCGCGCUGUUCCGCGAAAUCGCUGGGUGGAAGUUGUGCGCUGAGGCAGAGAAACAGGUUCUCGCUUCGAAACAGUGCUCUUCCCUGCUUCCAUUCGAAAUGUUGCGACGACAUCGCACCUGCUAAGACGCAUCCCUUCAUACCAGUCGGACAGCACCGAGCGAGUGAGUUCUUUGCGGUCGCUAGUGAAGUGUAAUUGUUUCUCCCAUUCAGAGUCGGUGCUUGUUUUGUGUGUCGUUCUUAAAGUGUGUAGUGUCCUGUGUGGAACCAUAUUCCGUCCAUAAAUUUACAAGCCGCACAUAAAUCUUGUGCUUACACAAUAGCGUUUUGUCAAAGGGUGAAAAAGUCGGAAUCGGAAACAGCCUGCAGUACACGUGCGAUUUUUUGUUGAACGUGCGUGUGUUUGUGUAUUAUUCUGUGUGUGUUUGUGCGCAAUAGUGUUUCCACCCUCAGGUGAAUGUGUGUACCGUGUUCUGAUGACGUUGUUGAUCUUACGGAAAUACCACCAACGAUGUUGAAAGAGCUCCGUGUGACCGUGAACCGUGCGAUUGAAAAGAUUGUUGCACUAGGGGGCCUCCCACUUUGAAGACGUAAGGCAGAACAGGCAUCGCAUCAGGCGCUCCAUUUUCCCGUUAGAAAUUGUCUCGUCACAGCUUGCCCAGGGGCAACGUUUCCCGUUUCAAUCAACAGAAGAACAGGAAGAAACUAGCAAACCCAACCGGCCAAGGGUGAAAGGAACCCCCACCAACCCUAACGAAUGAAGUGAAACGAUGCUUUUGGCUACCUGCGAAUGGGUGUGUGAGAAGCUGAGAACAAGAUCGUGACAUUUGGCCUAUCCCUGGCAGGCCACCGUUGGGAAGAGAAUGUCAGCAACGUGAAUGUGACAGACGAUCGCGAUCGUACGAUUAUGAAGCUAGAGGGAGGCAUGCAUCUGCAGCAGCAGCUCAGCAGUGGCAGCGGUUCGUCUGGCCACGGUAAUCUUCUCGACGACAAAACCUACCAAUCGUCCCAUCAUCAGCAGCAGCUGCAGCAGAACAGUGUCAGCAUCGAGCUGUGUUUGGUGUGUGGCGAUCGGGCCUCCGGUCGUCAUUAUGGCGCGAUCAGCUGUGAAGGCUGCAAAGGCUUUUUCAAGCGCUCGAUCCGGAAGCAGCUUGGCUACCAGUGCCGUGGGUCAAUGAACUGUGAGGUUACGAAGCACCACCGGAACCGAUGCCAGUACUGCCGGUUGCAGAAGUGUCUCGCAUGCGGUAUGCGCAGCGAUUCCGUCCAGCACGAGCGUAAACCGAUCAUCGACAAGAAGGACGGUCAGAUGGGACCGAACCCGAACAGCAAGUAUAAUCCGCAUCGCAACAAAGAGUAUCAUCAUGGUGGAAGCGUUAAAAGUGAAUCGAAAGGUGCGAGUGCAGCAUCCUCUUCCGUAUCAUCGGCAGCAGCGGCCGCUUCUUUCCUGAACUAUCUGCCCGGGUUUAGUUUGGCAGACUUUACCGCGAACCUUAGCAAGCGUACGUUCGGUGACAAAUCGAUCGGCCGUGAUGGCGUACAGUCGGAACGACCUGCAGCAUCCAGCUCGGUUGGCCACCAGUUUGCUUCCAGUGGGGCUGGUAGUGUCGGAACUGGUGCGGGUGGUAGUGGAUUGUCCGGAAGCCCGUUCGGAAGUUUGCAAUCGCUGAAGAUGGAAGUACCCGAUCGGCAGACCGGUUCGGAGCUGGGGAAUGUGUCGACGAGUGCGGCCGAUUCGAUUGCUGCGCUGAUUGGAUUAAAUACGACGGCAGCCGUAGCAGCGGUAGCGAUGUCGAGUGCAACGUUGGGUGCCACGACUCCCAGUGCGGCGGCAGCUGCAGCCGCUGCUGCUUCUCUGCUUGCCGCCGAUACAACAGUUGAUCGGAGCGGCGGUGGUGAUGGUGGUGGUGGCGGAGGAGGUGGUAGUGGCGUGGGUUUGCGCGGAAGUAAUUCGAAUGUGUCGUCUGGUGGAGCUCACUUUCCGUCCCUUGCGAUGGAUACCAGUGAGACGGGCUCGCUGGAUAAAUCGUUGCUGUGCAGCUCGCUGGAGUUUAUCCAAAACAUGGAGCAAGAGCUGAACAGCAGCCUUAACAACAACUUUGGUAUUAAGUCUGAGCUAAACAGUAGCAGCGAUGAGGUGUGCAUUGAGUUCGAUUAUGGUGGAAUCGGACGGGGCGAAUCGAUACUGACCGAGAGCUGUGUAGCCUUCGACAUUCAGGUGCCAAACGUGCUGCCCAACUAUCUGAGCGUACAUUACGUGUGCGAGACCGGUUCGAGGUUGCUGUUUGCGACGGUCAACUGGAUGAAGAAGAAUCACGUCUUCCAAAUGCUCAGUGAUGGUUUUCAAGGUGAACUGGUGCGCCAGGUGUGGCCGGAACUGUUUAUGAUCGGUUUGGCACAGAGCAGUGGUCAGCUUUCGUUUAACACGAUCAUGCUGGCACUGAUCCAAUACAUGAAAACGGUCAUCCUGAACAAGAAGUAUAGUGUCGACGUCAUCAACUACCUGAAGAAGUACAUCUUGCUGAUACAGGAGUUUGUGAACGAUCUGCAGAAGAUGAAUUUGACCGACCAGGAGUACGCGUAUUUGCGAUUACUAUCGAUCUUCAAUCCCGAUAAUGCCUUGCAAGAUAAGGAAAAAAAUCAACAUCUGGUAAAGCUGCAGGAGCACAUACUGGUCGAGUUUCGGGAGUAUUAUCGCGAUCGACACGCACGGCUUGCGAGUAGUGAAAGUGAGGAAAAUCUUCGCGCUACCGAGGAGGAUGAAAACGAUGAGGAUGAUGUGGAUUAUUACGAGCGUCGCCAGAACCGUCACCACCAUCAUCGACAACAUCAGCACCGUGGCGCCGGUGAUGGCGAUCAUCAGCGUGAUCAGGUACAGGGUGAGCAGCGGUUGAUGAAGCUGCUGUUAAAGCUACCGACACUGCGUGCACUCAACUCCAAGUGCGAUCUGGAAGAUCUGUUCUUUAACAAUCUAAUCGGUCAGGUGCAGAUCGAUAGCGUGCUCACGUACGUGAUGCAAACGAACGAUGGGGCAAUUUCGUUUUCCAAUCUGGUACAAAAGUACGACCCAAUCGGGGGCAGCAGCAAUAGCAACAACGGUAUCCCAACGGCGAUGGAUAGUGACGAGUAGGAAAAGGGAAGCAUUAGUACUGAAGAGACUGAAUGAUUGGCGUUUGUCUUUCUUCCACCGGAAGUGCAUUCAAAAUGUGUUGACGCCUAACGCAAAGGCAGCUUAAGCAGCUUAAGGAUACGUUUACUAUCCUUCACCUACGGCCUUUAGUCUAUUUUAAUUCGCUUAUUUUAUGUUUUAUCGCUUGCGUUGCUCCUCUGAAAGAUGCACAACCUGAGCAUAACCCUAAGCGUGGCCUUCCCUUUUUAUAGCCUGUUAAAUGAUUUCAAAUUAACGCGUAGGAUAACAAUUUCGUUCUAGAAUGAGUAGUAUUAUUAGCUUUCUUUUUUAUUGUUUCCCUCCUAAAAAGGAUUAUACGAUAAGUACUGUGAACAGGCUUCCGAGUUUUUUGAGCAAUUGUAUCUAUUCAAUGAAUUGUUUCAUUUCAACGUUGUGUGGGUAGAAUUGCGAUUUAUCUCAAGCAACCGUUUUGAUCCACCGCGCUUUUUCUGCAAUCUUGGUAGAUGCGGAAGUGUCUAGCACCACUACCAUCCAAUACACAAAAACUUAGCGAGCAAACAUGUAUCCGUACCUGAGGCAAAGUAAUAGUUGUUUAGAAAACGAUCGUUUGUUCGUGUAAAGUGCGCAAAGCGAAGGCGAAACAAAACAUUAUUGUGGUUUUCACAAAGGGAGGAAAAUAACAGGCAAUAUUUAGCAAUUAAGAUUUCAUCAGGUUUACGUCCCAGAUUGGCAUUCAGCAGAAGGUGUUGGCCUGUUUUUGGAGAGCCGAUGUGUUAGGUUAUUUAUAUAUAUACACAAUGUAUAACAAGUAUUGAGAGGAGUAUUGCUGCAUAGUUUAUAGAUCUAUAUACAUAUAUGAUUCGGAAUCCAGAACCCUCCUCAUACACACACACACCAACACCACUUUACGACAAUAUUUUCUCCACUCAGGAGAAUCAAAUUAGACUACACAGGGGUAGCGUUAAGGAAGAAAUACAACAAUCGAAACAAAUAAACUUUACUUUAUAUGUAGUGUUGUGAUAUGUGCUUGAAACAUACUUCACAUACACUCCUCAUUGAA